AAUGUCCAAAAAAAUAUUCAAAAAUAAUCUCAACAAAUUUAAAAGAAAGAUUAUAAACCCGAAUAUAUAUUAAAUUUCGAAAGAACUAAAAAAUCAAUAACAUCAAUAGAUUUUCAUCCAAAUAAUUCCCAAAUAGUAUUUUCCUGUAAGGACUCUCAUAUACAAAUCCAGGAUUUAAAUGAAACAAAUAAUCUUCCUUUAACAUUUCCAAAGUUCAAUCUCCAUAAAGGAAUUACAUAUUGUGUAAAAUACAACUAGAAAGGGAAUAUAUUAGCCACAUCAGGACAAGAUAGAAAAAUUAAUAUAUAUACAAAUGACAAUAAUGGGCAAGAAAAUUAAUAUUAGGACUACCAUAUAAUAAAAGCGCAUAGUGGUGGUGUUAGAAGUAUCGAAUUUUCAUUCAAUGAUGAAUUUUUAUUAUCUGCUUCUGAUGAUCGUACAUUGAAGUUAUGGCAUGGGAAUACCAGAAAGUAUUUAACUAGUUUUCUUGGACAUAAUAAUGUGGUCAGAAUGGGUGUUUUUUCACCUGAUGCGAGACUUAUAGGAUCUUGCUCGGAUGAUAGAAGUAUAAAAAUAUGGGAUUUAUAGAACUAGAAGUGUAUUUAUUCAAUAAAUAGUCACUCCGAUGUGGUAAAAUAAAGCUUUUUUAGCCCAGAUGGUACUUCUGUAGUAAGCUGCUCGUUUGAUAAAUCUAUAAAAAUACAUGAUUUGAGAUCUAGAAAAGUUAUUUAGAAUUAUUAAGGUGCACAUAGUGAGUAAAUUAAUUGUUUGUAAGUACAUCCUAGUGGACUUUUUUUAAGUUCUGGCGGUUCAGAUGGGAAAGUGAAGAUUUGGGAUAUGAGAAUGUGUAAGUAAACUUUCACAGUCUAUACUAGUGAUGAAGAAAUUUACGCUUUAAAUUAUAAUUAAGAUGGUAGUUGUUUUGCUACAGGAGGAAGUGAAAAAACUGUUAUUUUAUGGAAAAAUGAAUUUUUUGAAGAAUCUGAAUAAAAUAUGAUACCUUAAUAAAAAGGAUUUUUAUAGAAAAAAAAAAAAGGAUCAAGUGACAAAUUAGACGAUAAAGAUUAAUAAUAAUUUAAAGACGAAUUAGAUAAUAUUGAAGAAAAUGAAAAUGUUAUUACUUAGGCUUUGUAAGCUUCUUUGGAAUAUGUUAUGGCGAAAAUUGAUUGCCUUUAAUAAGAAUUUAAAUAUUCUUAAUGA